CGACGUCCUUUCUUGUUCGCUUCGUCCCAGCUAAGCGAAUAACUAAGAAAGCAGAGACAGCGAGAGGAAGAGUUGGGAGAAAUUGGUGGGGAAGAAAGAGAUGGGGAGCGGCUGUUUCGCCUGCACCGGACCGAAGGUGGACGAGAAGGAUCGGAUCCAGCAAGCCAUAGCAGAUACACUGAAAUGCACUGCGUCAUGGGAUGUUAAGAACCAUAGCCCAUGGAAUGAGGGGGAGACAUCCAGUAGUGGAUCACGACCAAUCGCUGCUCAUAUAUUUUCAUAUCGUGAACUGGCUGCGGCAACCAAGUUCUUCAGGGCUGAUUUCCUCCUAGGGGAGGGAGGAUUUGGUCGAGUAUAUAAAGGCAUGCUGGAAAGUGGCAAUCAGAUUGUUGCCAUAAAGCAGCUCAAUCCCAAUGGCCUGCAAGGAAACAGGGAAUUUCUUGUCGAAGUUCUGAUGCUGAGCCUACUGCACCACCCCAACCUUGUUAAUUUGAUUGGUUAUUGUGCUGAUGGAGAUCAAAGACUAUUGGUUUAUGAAUACAUGCCAUUGGGAUCCCUGGAGGACCAUCUUCAUGACCUUUCUCCAAAUAAGAGGAGGCUCGACUGGAACACGAGAAUGAAAAUAGCUGCUGGGGCAGCGAAAGGAUUGGAAUAUUUGCAUGAUAUGGCCAGCCCUCCUGUUAUAUACCGUGAUUUAAAAUGUUCUAACAUUUUGCUAGAUGAAGGAUAUCAUCCCAAGUUAUCUGAUUUUGGCUUGGCAAAGCUUGGUCCAGUAGGUGAUAACACUCAUGUCUCCACUAGGGUGAUGGGUACAUAUGGGUAUUGUGCUCCUGAAUAUGCGAUGACGGGGCAGCUGACAGUAAAAUCAGAUGUUUAUAGCUUUGGUGUGGUUCUUUUAGAGCUCAUAACUGGAAGAAGGGCAAUUGACAAUUCUAGAGGAGCAGAAGAGCACAAUCUUGUUGCAUGGGCGCGACCAAUGCUCAACGACAGGAUGAAAUUUCGACAGAUUGCUGAUCCAGUUUUUCAGGGCCAGUAUCCUCCAAGGGGCUUAUACCAGGCACUUGCUGUUGCUGCAAUGUGUGUUCAAGAGCAGCCUUCAAUGAGGCCUCUGAUGGCUGAUGUUGUUACAGCUCUUUCUUACCUGUCUUCACAACCUAACAAACCCGAGAACCAACAGAGACCAAACACCUAUAGGCUUACAGCAACCAGCACUCCUCAUCGAGCGAGAAGAGAUGGCGAAAAGAAACUGAGGUGGGGAUCUGAAAGUGAUCAGUUGAGGAGGUUGAAGUGAAAUCAGUUGAUACCCUUUCAUGAGCUAAAGGUUGUAUGUACCAUCCAUUGAAAAAGUAGAUGGAAGUAGAUAUGCUUUGUCACAGAUUAGAGCUCAUCAUCGGCGUCUCUUUUGGUUGGCUUAUUGUUGUCCGAUUAGUAAAAUGUAUUCUCUUUUUUAUGGAUAUAUAUGAUUAUGAUUCAUUGUAUCCAAGUAAACGUGCAAACAGCAUGCACUUUUUUGCCGUUCUUUUGUUUACAUGGUAUUAAAAUGUAGAAAGUUACACUGUUUGUAUUCUUUUAAAUCUUGUAGAAUGAAGUGUUUGUAUUUUUUUU